AUGUAUCAUGUUCUGACUAAGAAUACAACAGUGACAGAUCACAACCGCAACCUGCUGGUGGAGACCAUUCGUUCCAUCACAGAGAUCCUUAUCUGGGGGGAUCAGAAUGACAGCUCAGUGUUUGACUUCUUCCUGGAGAAGAAUAUGUUUGUUUUCUUCCUGAACAUCUUGCGACAGAAGUCUGGGCGCUACGUCUGUGUGCAGCUUCUGCAGACUCUGAACAUCCUCUUUGAGAACAUCAGUCAUGAGACAUCUCUGUACUACCUGCUCUCUAAUAACUAUGUGAAUUCUAUUAUUGUCCACAAGUUUGACUUUUCUGAUGAGGAGAUCAUGGCAUAUUACAUAUUUGAAGACUCUUUUUCCCUGAAACUCAACAAUCACACUGUACAUUUCUUUUAUAAUGAGCACACUAAUGACUUCGCUCUGUACACUGAAGCUAUUAAAUUUUUUAACCACCCCGAGAGCAUGGUCAGGAUUGCUGUUAGGACUAUAACUUUGAAUGUCUACAAAGUGUCAUUGGACAACCAACCAAUGCUGCACUACAUACGGGAUAAAACUGCUGUUCCUUACUUCUCCAACCUCGUCUGGUUUAUUGGCAGCCACGUGAUAGAACUGGACAACUGUGUGCAGACUGAUGAAGAGCACAGAAACAGGGGCAAACUGAGUGACCUGGUAGCAGAACAUCUAGAUCACUUGCAUUACCUUAAUGACAUCCUUAUCAUUAACUGUGAAUUUCUAAAUGAUGUGCUGACAGAUCACCUGCUCAACAGGCUCUUUCUUCCCCUCUACGUGUAUUCCUUAGUAAAUCAAGAUAAGGGUGGAGAGCGUCCAAAAAUAAGUCUUCAAGUUUCUCUCUAUCUUCUUUCUCAAGUUUUUCUAAUCAUACAUUAUGCUCCUUUGGUGAACUCAUUGGCUGAGGUCAUACUCAAUGGUGACCUCUCAGUGUUUUCUUCAAAAGUCGAGCAAGAUGUACAGAAAAACUCAGCAAAGUCAAGUAUCAGAUGUUUCAUAAAACCAACAGAAACACUUGAGAGGUCUCUUGAAAUUAACAAACAGAAAGGGAAGAAGAGGAUACAGAAAAGACCCAACUAUAAAAAUGUGGGUGAAGAGGAUGAAGAGGAGAGAGGAUCUGAAGAUAACCAAGAUGACCUUGAUAAAGCUAAGGGUACAGAAGCAAGUUCCAAGGGCAUAAGAACAAGCAGUGAAAAUGAGGAGAUAGAGAUGGUGAUCAUGGAGAGGUGUAAGCUGUCAGAACUGUCUAUCUCCACUGUGACAGAGCAGAACACAACAGAUGAAGAGAAGAGUGCAGCUGCUUCUGGGAGUGAGGUGACAAACUGGAGCAGGCCUUUUCUUGACAUGGUCUAUAAUGCACUGGACUGUGCUGAAGAUGAUUACUAUGCCCUCUUUGUGCUCUGUCUUCUGUAUGCAAUGUCACACAACAAAG